GUGGAAGCAAGAGCAAGGGCAAGGCGGCUCUGUCUGUCUGUCUCUCUCUCUAGUGAUGAACAGAACUUUGCGCGUCUUAAAACUUUCCAUGAAUGUGAAAGCAAGGUUACAUUCCUAUGCUCUGAAGACCUUUUAUCCUGGUGACUUUCUGGCAUACCAGAGAUAGCAAAUAGGUUCCAUUUCACCAGAAAAUUAAUAGUGAGAGAUAAAGGGGGACCUUAGAUGCUCUAUCCAAUCCUUCCUUGGUCCCUCACAGGUUAUAAUUCAAUCCCAUACCAGGCCCGGGAGGAUUCUAAGCCAUGAAUAUUAUGGAGCAGUUGAUCAAGAAGAAUCCAUGGUUCUAAGAUUCAUGGAUAUGCCUCUUCACAAUAUGAGCAAGGUGGAUAAUAAUAACAAGGAUGAUCUGGAGAAGGACAACAGUGUUUCUGAAUCGAGUUUCAAGUCACAAGAGAUCUCUGCUUUCUUUGAAUUAGUCGAUAGAGCACAUAGUUUACAAUUGCUUAAUGAGAAGAACAACCAAGGAUUAGAGAAACCACUAAGGAGCAACAACUUAAGUGUAUGGCAACCUUCAUUUGAGCCUGAAGACUUCAAUUUACCUCCAAAGAGAGGUUCCACUUCCACUGUGGACCCUCCCACAACCAUGGCUGAUGCAGGUCAUGAAGGAAAAGAUGAGGAGAGCAGAUUGAAAAGAGGUUUGAAGAGGCCAAGAGAGUUUCUUGAUUUGGUUCCACUCUUUGUUUCUGAGGAAGGAUUGAAGAAAGGAGAUACUGGAAAGGUUUUUCUAUGUGAUCUUAACAAAGAAGCUGAAUCAUCAGAAGGUUUUAAUGGAGGCUCUGGUUGAAUUUGAACCUUUUUUUCUUUUUCCUGGGGUAGAACAGUUAGAAAGUUUGAUUUAAUAACAGUAACUCAAUGUCUGUGACCCUAGUAAAGUUUGUAAGGAAGUGAUUGUUUUUUUGGGCAACAUGUGAGGAAGUGAUUUGUAUGUAGAUUGUAGCUAUUCAAUAAGACAAACUGAUAGAUGUUUGGCACUGAA